CGUGUGCGUGUGCUCUACCAUUCUCAAGCUGUGAUCGCACGGUGCUCACAAGCGAAGCUCUGCCUUGUUUUGAACCAUGGCAACCCUGGGUGCUGCAGCAACAGUGUGCGUCCCUGCCACCGGCGUCAGGCGCAUGCCGACGUUCACUGCCGCGGCGGCGCCGACCAGGACCUCCCUGAAGCGACCGACGACGAGCGGCGGGAGGCUGUCGACGAGGUUCAGAACGGCGGCGGCGGCCCACAAGGUGAAGCUCGUCGGGCCCGACGGCGCGGAGACGGAGCUGGAGGUGGCCGAGGACGCCUACAUCCUGGACGCGGCGGAGGAGGCCGGCGUGGAGCUGCCCUACUCGUGCCGGGCCGGGUCCUGCUCGACGUGCGCGGGGAAGCUGGAGUCCGGCGAGGUGGACCAGUCGGAGGGGUCGUUCCUGGACGACGCGCAGAUGGCCGAGGGGUACGUGCUCACCUGCGUCGCCUACCCCCGGGCGGACUGCGUCAUCUACACCCACAAGGAAGAGGAGGUGCACUAGCUUAGCUAGACCAAUUCGUGCCGGAGUUUUCGUGUCGAGUCCGAUAGUUUGUGCCUUGCACAAGUAUAUGCUGAUGUGUAGUGGAGUAGUAUCGUCAUGUACGCUGUAUGAUUUGUGUGCUCAGGCUGAAUGGCUUAUCUUCAGUUUCGCUAUCCUUCUCUACUAAUUUAAAGAGGUAUACUCCUUCUGUAGUACAUCGAAGACAGUUUG